GAUCAACUGACUCUGAAACGGACCGUUUCAGAUCAACAAGUAAGCCAUAGUCAAUCAUGAUCAUGUAGAGGUAGCAAACUUGUUGGAUUGCAAAAGUAAUUAAACCAUUAUCAGAUCACAAGAGAGUACCCAGUAUCAACGGAACUAGAGCUCAUCAGUGAGCGUGUCAGUUGUACAGUGAGUCGAGCAGAGAAUGGCUGUCAAAACAGCAUCUUGCUUCCUGUUGCUAGCUGCUGUAGCUUCCGUCGAGCUGAUCCAGGUUAUGUUCGACCAGUUUAAGCAUUGCAAAAGCAACGGAAUUCUGGACUGUAACGUGAGGGUGCACAAGAUCAACCGAACUGUGGCAUCACUGUACGGGAACGUAACCCUCAAGAUUGACUUUGGCGAUAGCUUUGUGACUUCGUGCGAUGUAUUCCACAGCCCUUUGGGUAACAACCAGUACAAUCUAUACCCGAUGAAGAUUCCUCAGGUUUCGUUGUGCACCUAUUUAGAAAAGUAUUGGGAGGACUACUACCCCUACAUUGUUGGGGCUGUGCCAAGCGCCCCAAAGCCAAGUGAAUGUCCCGUGUCGGCGCGGGAACUGCAGUUCAACGAGCUGAUCAUGGAUGCCAGGAUGUUUUCCCCGUACAUGCCGACCGGCCUCUGGAAGCUGGUGUGGAGGACCAGUGACACGGACACUGACAAGCGAUUUGAGGUGGAGCUAACGUUCAGGGUGUAUCCUGAUGGUCAUUUUUGAAUUUUCUGUUUAGUAAAUAAACAUAUUUACCACUACGAUAUCCAUUCUAUUCGGAAUAUAAACUUGUCAACAUUGGAACGGUAUGUCCACGCAUCCUUCCUCCUGUGUUGAUUUUGUGAAAUGUGGUCC